AUGCCGAGUUGGAAGCGUCUCACUAAAUCCACCCCAGCUUAUAACCUCUACCACAACUCUACAACAACACAAAUCCAACUCGAAGGCCGCCAUCAUUGGCUCGGCAUCGUUAGAGACGACGACAGAGAAGAUAUUCUACUUUUAACAAUCGAAUUGUCGAAAUGGAUUUUGGCAGAAGCAAAAUCUCGGCCACCAAAUACAGCGCUCAUGAUGAACACAUUUUUGGUGAUCUCUGUGGAGGCCUACGCGUCGCUUCUGCGAUCGAUUUUGGCACACCUGACCCAGAAGGGCCGUCCGAUGGAUCACAAGGUUGAAAAGGCGCUGAAGGAUCAGCUCGACAACUUUGUAGAGCUAUUCAAAGAAAAUUUUUCUAUGGCUCGGUCAACCGGAAGCUACGUUCUGCCUUCUGAAGGUGAUUUUUCUGCUUCAUUUAUGUACCCAAUUAUGUGCAUUAACAUUCACGAAGAGAAUCCAAGUUUCUUUUGUAAUGCGAGCAAUUUUACUAUCAAUGGCGGCACCUUCAUCGGUCAUAUACCUGGCACAGACCACCGUGGGGCAGAAUUUUUUCAAUCUGCAUCGGACGAUAAUUCGGCAGUCAUUCGCGGUGAUAUCGUCAGGCUGCAAGAAAUGAUCCUCCGCGCCAUGAACUUCAACAUCGCCAUCAUCGUUUUAUUUUCUGAGAGGAGGAUACACCUCUCUGAGAGGGCUGUCUAUGAUGACUUCCCGUUCCCCUCUCCUUCAGAUUACAUUUACCUCUAG